AUGAUUUUGCAGUUUGUGUAGGCCCCGAUGUGUAUGGACAAUCGGCAGUACGCAUGAAAUAACACGUACGUAGUUCUGUAUGACUCUGAAAAGAAAAACUAAAAACCUCCGUUCCCUUAUACAUAGAAGUUGUAUACCCGUUGAAACUUUACAUCCAUCAAAAUGGAUGCCUUCAUUUGGUUAUCUACCCUUGGUGUGAUUCUUCUCGCUGUAAUAUACUUCGCCGUGAAACUAUCAGCGGGAUCCCCGGGGCUACCGCCCCGCGAUGCAAGCCACACCAUACCAUGGCCUUGGUACACUUUUAAAUUCUACCUGGUCCGUGUGUUGCUGAUGAUCAGACGGCGAAAGUUGUUGCAUAUUCGCAGAAGGGCCGAGGACUAUAAAGCUAUGCUAAAGGAUUUUCGCGAGCUGGCCACGUUCGACUGCUCAACUGACACCGAUCUCACUCCUCACGGUAACAACUCGUUCUAUGUGAACGGUUCGGACCAGACGGGUGCAACGCGCCUGGUCGCUUGCGUGGCUAACAGGCCGGAAGGCCGCCGUGAUGUGUGGUUCCUACUCCGUCUACCGGGCCUUGGGGAUCUGGUGCUCCCUCAACACCCACACUGUGUGGUGGACAAUAUUCAUGGGAGUGGAUUCAGCGCUGCAGGGCUUAGUUUCACGGUGACUGACCCAUUAAAGAUCUGGAGGAUCAGCUUCAAUGGUCUCUGCCGCAUGGGCAAAAGAAACGAGUUGGAUGAUGAAGACAGAAGGCCACAAGUGCAUCUGAGAUGCUCAUUCAUAUGGAGCACGUUCACCACCUACUUUAAUUUCUCCACUGACGUCAGUCCUUGUCUUCUAGCAGAAAGCAUUGCCAAGGAAACGUGGACGAAGGAGUUUCUGACGAAGUGCUGCGAGGUGUCCACGGAGCAUCGCUUGCAGCAGUUUGGAGUGCUUCACGGCGUGGUACAAGUCGACGAUCAAACUGAACGAGAAGUGCUCAUGAGAGGCGUCCGAGAUAGAUCACGUGGAACCAUCGAUUUUUCUGAUAUUCACAGAGGCAUCUCCAUCUCUAUAGUUCUGGAGGAUGGAAUGUGUGUGUACGUUGGAACUUCCUGCAAACGCGGAUCCCCCUUAAGUUCGACAUCUGGCUACGUGAUUAGGGCGAUUGGUGGAGUUAUCCCAGUUGUGUCAACUGAUCUCUCAUUGGCUGAUAUGAUGGAGAAUGCUGAGGAUCCGCCAAUAGGAUUCUCGUUUAGUGCUCAGCUUGAAACCGGAAAGAAGUUGGCCGUAGACGUAUACAUCGAGGACUUCGUGAGCUUUAAUAUUGGCAGCGACUGGAGUGUGAGACAACGAGAAGGCCUGAGCCGGUUUACCGUCGACGGUGUGCAGGGGCGGGGCGUGUGCCAACUGACGAGAAGAUCGGAUGAGGAUUGCCCAGUCCCGUCAAUGAAAGCACAGCCACGCCUCUACAGAGACCCAGCUAUCGUGCCGGAUUCAGAGGUCAGUUCGUAUCUUUUGCCGUUGGAGGCGCCCUCAUGCCAGUCCUCUAUGCUAGCAGGUGGAAAAGGAUCCCAACUUGCCAAACUGACGUCACUGCAGGGACACCUUCCACCUGAGUUUCAGUUUGAAGUGCCUCGAGGGUUCGUCAUUACGACGUCAGCCUUACAGAGCCACGUUGAGAGUAAUCCCGCCAUACACGACGCAGUGAAGCGACAGACUGCUGUGUCAUGCGCACUGAGCUCUGGGAGCCUGGAUGAAGCACGUCAAAGAACCGCCGCUCUGUUGACCGAGACCGAUAUUUCCUCGGAUCACAAGCGGGAAAUAGCCCGUCUUUUCAAGGAGAUAUUCGGCGACUCGAUGGAUCAGAAGACGUUCGCUGUCCGGUCGUCCGCAGUCGGGGAAGAUGGCAAACAAAUGUCGGCAGCUGGUCAAUUGGACACGUUCCUUGGGAUCCAGACAGUGGAGAAGGUUUUUGAAGAAACACGAAAAUGCUGGGCUUCACAGUAUUCCCUUCGCGCUGUUCAGUAUCGCAGACAGCAUGGUCAGAAGAUAGAUUCCAGCAUGGCUGUUGUGAUACAAGAAAUGGUGCCAGCACAAACCGCAGGUGUGAUCUUCAGCCGAGAUCCCCUGACUGGUAAUCCGGCCAGAGUCAUCAUCAACGCCAACUAUGGCCUCGGAGAGUCCGUAGCGGCAGGAUUAUCUGAGGCGGACACGAUAACCCUGAAAAUGGACGAGUCCAAGAAUUUGAGCAUCCUUCAAAAGAAGAUAGGAAGCAAGGAUCAUGCCAUUUUUAUUUCAGAGGAUGGAGGUACUGAGACCAAAACGCUGCCAAAAGACGUAAAGUCACGCUGUUCAUUGGCGGAAGAUGUGUGCGUCAAACUGGGACAUAUUGCCAAAGAGCUUGAUGAGUAUUUUGGCGAAGGUCUUGACAUCGAGUGGGCAGUCGUCCAUGACAAAAUCUACUUGCUGCAGGCCCGUCCAAUAACUACCUAUGACACACCGACACAGUACGAAUUGAUGCACGAAUUUGAUUCGGGGCAUCCGUCUGACAGUUCUUGGCUUACCUCAGCAAACACACAAGAAGUGCGUCCAGGUUGUUCAUCUCCACUAAGCUUGUCGGCAUCGACAGACAUAUUGGAUUUUGGCAUCCAGGUUUCUGCAUACCACGAUUAUGGCAUACCGACAAGCUUUCCCGCCUGCAAAUUCUGCAACUACCAUUGCAAUCAGAUGCUACUUAGUGUUGUGGCUAUGUCGACUUGUUUGCUACAAAUAUCGGAGCUGCAGAAAGAUUCAUUCCUUCAGUCCAUCGGAGUGAUGUUUGACGAUUCCUUCAUCGAUGAGAUGAAGCACCUGCACGCACCUCUUCCGUCUGCUUUCAAGAGGAUUCUGAAUUUGGGAACCAUCUUGAAGAAUUUCUGGGACUGCAAAGCACGAGUAGAGGCUUCCCUGCGAGACGUUGAGGGUUAUUUCACCCAAACGUUCUCUACUGCGCAGGAGCAGUAUGACGAUAUCAUUCAUGGACGAUACCACGCUGACUAUCCAGGGGUUUGUCAACACUAUUCGACGUCGUUUUGGAAAGCUACCUUUGCCCAACUGCUUCUGGAUGGCAUUCUAUCUCGAUACAGUAAACACGCCGAAUCGGACUUCGUUAAAUUGCUCUCUUCUGGACCAGCUAUUGAAACUGCAAAGCCGCCAUUCGAAAUUGAGCAAAUCGCCCGAGCGAUAAAGGAAGAUGGGCAGGGUGAGGCGUUUCUGAAGAUGACAUCAGAGCAGGCAGUUCGGUGGCUGAGGACGCCUCCUAGCGGAGACGCUGGGAGACGUUUUUCAGCUUUCUUGGAAAACCACGGACACAGAUCGCUGAAAGAAAUCGGCUUGGAGAUCAAGUCGUGGGCUAUGGAUCCGACACAGCUCAUUCCAUCCGUGCAGGCCUAUCUGAAAGGACACAUACCAGAUGAGCCGAAAAAGAAACUCGAGGUGCCAGUAUCUGACUUGGUUGAUCAGCUUGAGUUGCCGCUGCCAUCAGUCGUCAGGUGGAUGCUAGUGAAGUGGUUGGUUCCCAUGACGAGAUCUGUUGUUGCUGAAAGAGAAAUUUGCAAGUCGAUGUACAUCAAAUCCAUUCAUCACUUCAAGCAAGCGUACUGGAGGCUCGCUAAGCUGAUGGUUAAUGAGGGUCUUAUCCCAGAUGAGGAGUUGCUGUUCUACUUCUCCCUGACCGAGAUCGGCCAACUACUGAAGGAACGAGCGCCCUCUCUUGUCGCCAGAGCCCAUCGAAGACGCCGCAUUGAGCCUGAGUUAGAAGCCAAAACGUUUCCCCGGUUGAUGCACGGCCGACCAGAACCAAUUGUCGACGAAGAGGACGCUUACGACUCACGCGACGUCACGACUUUGGAAGGCACACCGAUAUGCCGAGGGGUCAUAAGAGGUCAAGCUGUUGUCGUCAUCGAUCUCAAGAAUGCGACCAAGAUUAAGAAGGGUGACAUUUUGAUCACAAGAACCACAGAUAUCGGAUGGAGUCCAUAUUUCCCGAUCCUCAGCGGACUGGUGACAGAAAUUGGCGGAGUUGUGUCCCACGGUGCCAUCGUCGCUCGCGAGUACGGUAUUCCGUGUGUUGUCAACAUUCCUAAAGCAACAUCUCUGAUCAAAUCAGGUGAGAUUGUUGUUGUCGACGGUUCGCGUGGAACGGUAGAGAAACAGCGCCCUCCUACUGCAAACGGGGCCUCGGUCAACGGAGUGUAGAGACCGUUCGCGAAUGGGUCAUGCUUUAGAUAGGCCUGUAUGCAUGCCCAUCAGAACUUGCUACAUUUCUUAGCUCUUAAUAUAUAUUAUUCAACGGGAAGCACAUUUUGAUCGUGUUCCCUGAAUGUAAUCUAUGCAUUGUAAACUGCUAAAUUGGCUGGUGUCAGACUAUAUGCAUGCUUUCGAAGCCUCACUGUCGUAUAUUUAUUAAAUGUGGCUUAAAACAUUAGGGUUUGUUAAAUCACAAAUUUUAAAUUUUUCAUCAGAGUAGACUGGUAUUAAUUUGUAAUUAGCUUUUACUUUAAUGUCCAAAACUGAAGAUUUGACCUUCCUUUCAAUCCAAUAUGGCCGACUCAGUAAUAAAGUUUUUUAACCACAGAAUCUUUACCAGUUAAUGGCCAAAGUAAGCCGUUCAUAUGGUGUAAGGAUUGUUAUGCAAUUUCGAAGUUUUCCUUCUUUUGAUUUUAAAAGUAUUUUGGCUUCCUUUGGAGAUAGGUGCACAUAGGUGUUUGGGCUUAGAAAAUGGCAGAAGCACAGGGUGAGCCCCAAAAAAAUAUUUUAAAAAUAUUUGGCUUGAUCUAUUUCUUAUUAAAGCACACAGGAUAAAGUAUAUCCUAAUAAAACUGUGAACAUUUCAUGUAAUGUGCAAAUUCUAUUCCCAAGUUAUCAAUAAAAAGAUUACAAAACUCGGCUGUUCACCGUUGAUCAUUUACCAUUCUACAAACCAAUGAAUGUCAUUUGAAUGCAAGGAAACGUGACGGUGUAAUAUGUAGUGCACCCUGCUCAAAAGCUUCCAAUGUCUUUCCAUGGACUGCUAUAAAUAGAAGAAUGGAAAGAAGAGUGGAAACCGAUGUUCUUUAUACUUCAUUGUUGUUUCAAAUUUGAUUCUUUUUUUAAGAUAUAAAACGAUUGAUUUAGGUAGCGUUCUUCUUGACUCGCCCUGUAUGCACAAAAAUAAAUACAUUAAAGUCAAUCUAUAAGAAGAUGGA